AUGGGCGUCGUCGCUAGACAAAAUGGUAUGGAGGAUGCAAGCGGAAGCAGAAGAUCUGCUGGUCCUCGUCCUGAGAUUCGGCUCUUUGCUGGGAAGGAUACGGAAGUAGGACGCGUGAUCCUAAGUCCUACCGAGCUUUCACCGGCGGUGGGGCCCUCACUGAACAAGUUGAGAAAGGAGCGAGAUGAUAGGGAAGCGCUGAAAUCAAAAAGAUCAAGAAAUGCACAAGUGAAUACAGAACCUUCGUAUACUGUGAGACUCGCUCACAACUUCGUAUUGAACGAAGAAGUGAUAAAAGGAGGUUUAUGUGAGGAAAACGUUCAAGAUGCCAUUGUCGCCGAAAUAUAUUGCCUGUGCGGAAUGACGCCGAUUGUAGAACUAGUCUACAGUAUCAAGACAAUGCCGAGAAUGCGCGAGCCAUGGCGUAUACUUGUUUCACUUUUGGAGCGGGAUUAUGGAGAAGCUUUAUUGGAUACAGCGCGAAAGCGACCAGCUGAUGCAGUCGAGAGAAAGGAUGAACCGCCGUCAAAGGCUAGACCGUUAAGAAACGCAAAGGCGAAGCUGACUCCGCAUAGUAAAAUCGGGUCACCACUGAACGCAAUCCAAGAAGAGGUAAGAAAAGUUCUCUUUUAA